AUGACGAUAUUGGUCGGUCUGCAAUUUCAUGCCGUCGAACCACUUGCUGGUUUCCUGCUGCUGCCCUUCCUGGGAUACACCACCUUUGGCGCGCUGCUGUUGAGUUUCUCCCUGCACAGCGGCAGCACAGAGGUGGCUGACCUGGCGCAGAGGCUCGCAUGCGUGGAGUGCUUUGAGAAGAUGGAGUACCCUCUGCCGCCGCAAGCAGCCGCUGCAUUCGUGGCUUCAACAGGGGAGUCUGAGCGCCGGGAGGGGGAGGGCUCAGAAGGCAUGCAGCAUGCACAGGAGGAGCUGAGGGCCGCAACUGCUGCAGCAGCCUCAGGCGGCUCCAACGGGCCUGUGGAGUCGGCUUUCGCAGAGCCCUCGGUGCAGAGCCAAGGGAGGGGUAAUGUGGCACAGGCCCGCCAGCUUCUGGGCAAGGUUGAUAACUACUUGGACAGCAGCGCUCGAGAGGAGGGCCCGCAUCCGUCAACAGAGCUUCUGCAGACAGCGGUGAGGCAGGCGCAACGGCUGCUCACGCGGGUGUCUUCGAGCCUGGCGACACGCGCGGAGGCGGUGAAGAGCGGAGGUGAGGUGCGCGCACUCAACCUGGCACAGAGCAUCAGCGGGGCCUUCUCGGCAUUGCGCUCCCCCAGCGGUGGCGGCAGCGGUGGUGCAACGGGGUGGUCCGGCGGGGGGAACCGGGGAGCCAGCGGUGGCCUGGCGGCAGUGUCUGAGGGGGGUUCCUGUGGGACCGCAUGCGCGAGCGGCUGCCCCGUGUCGGACAGCAUCCCCACCGCAAUGUUCAGCUGCCCAGGCGCUGCCGACUUCAAAGUGCGCGGGCCGACUUACCUGCAGGACAAGAAGAAGGUGUUGCCGGAUGCUCCUGUGUGCAGCUUGGUCAGCCUGAACCUGGUGUCGCUGGCCGAGCCGACCUUCCACAUCGCGCGCUUCCUGCCCUCCGUCCGCGACUCCAAGGCGCCCCUGCUCUUCAUCUGGCAUGUGCUGGUGCCCGGUAAGCAGAAUUACUCCCUGGCAAUCGCGUGGGCGCUGGAUCAUGACCCGGUGGAGAGGGUGAGGCAGACUCUGGCAGCAGCCGAGGAGGGGGCGGCUGCGGGGGAUACACCUGCGGCGGCCGGCAGCGCAGAGGUGGAUGGCACGGUCAUGCUCAAGAAGCGGAAAAGCCUAAAGAUCCGGCGGUCAGCCUCAGCGCAGGAUGCCACUCAGGUGGAGGCGGCUGGAGGCCUGGAUCCCGAGACGUCCGCAGGCUCUGGUGCCAGCUUUGCCACGGAUGAGGGCUUCUCAGAGCAGCAGAUCGAGCGCUCCUCCAAGAGCCUCAGCGCCCUCAAGCCGGACGUGCCGCAGAUGGGUAAGAGGCACAAGCGUUCGCAGACAGUGCUGGACGGGUCGCCGCCCAAGCCGCUGCAGCCGCCCUCGCAGCCCUCCACGCCGAUGAGGCGUUCCCUGUGGGGCCGCGCCGCCGCCCCCGAGCCCGAGCAGCCCCAGGGGCCCAACCCCUACACAGCCUGCGACCCCUUCGACGUCACCAUGAUGCGGUUCCUGGAGGCUGGGGGGGAUGAGAAGGAUGUGGAGAAGGUGCGUCACGGCGCGUUCAAGAUAAUCCCGCGCAUCACCGAGGGCUCCUGGGUCGUCAAGCAGGCCGUCGGCCAAAACACGCCCGUCCUCCUCGGCCGCAAGCUCACCACCAAGUACUUCCGGGGUGCGAAUUACAUAGAGGUGGAUGUGGACGUGGGCAGCUCGCGCAGUGCGGCCAACGUGGUGGGACUGGUGCAGGGCGCCCUCAAAUCCCUCGUCAUCGACCUCGCCGUCCUCCUGGAGGGCCACUGCACGGAGGAGCUGCCUGAGCGGCUGCUGGGCACCUGCCGCCUGGAGCACCUGGACCUGUCUGCAGCGGCGCACCUGGACUUGUCCACUGGCACCAUCACCCGCAAAGAGGACACCUGAGCCUUGCGGCACCCAUUUGUGACUGCCAAACCAGGGUGCCUACUCAUGCGGGAUUGCAUGCAAAAGGGUCUAGACCUCCACCAGAUCUGCUGCCCUGCACUACUGCGUGUUGUCGUCCUCACCAUGACGUUGGUCUUUGAAUGGGUGCAGAGUGCUGCAAAUGCAAGCCUGCGAAAUUGAGAGGGCCCGGGCAAGUUUUUCAUCCGGCAUUGGCGCUUGCUCUGUCUUCAUGUCUGCCAUUUCUCUUGCUAUAAAGAUACCUCAUGCAUACUGCUUUGUCCUUGCUGCGCCAAAUGAACUGGACCAUAUGUGCUUCGAUAUGCCGGAUUAUGUUAGACUUGCGAUGAACUGCUGUGGGGUCAUGCUGAACACAGUCUGGAGCCUCUGAUGCUGAGUGAAUGAUCAUUGCAUGACAGCAAUAAAAUGUUGCAUCUGCAUAGGACAUC